UCACACUGGUUUUAUGCAGGUGUAACUCCAUCGACUUCACUGGACGAAUCCUGAUUUACACUGGGAAUCACUCUGAACUGAGAUUGCUAGUGGCUGCAGCCUGCUUAAGGAAAAGCAAAUCCUCUCCCGCCUUUCUGGAAAAUGAUGGAAAAUGAAGUGUUUGCAUCGUUUACUUUCUACAGCACAAUCUUGAUUAUAAAAAUGUAUGUUCUCGCCAUCAUUACAGGACAAGUGAGGCUCAGAAAGAAGGCUUUCGCCAAUCCAGAGGACGCCCUGAGGAACGGAGGGCUGCAGUACUGUCGAGAGGACCCAGACGUGGAGCGAUGCCGCAGGGCCCAUCGCAAUGACAUGGAGAACAUUUUCCCCUUCCUCUUCCUUGGGGCCAUCUACUCCCUGCUGGACCCCAAUCCCAUCGUGGCAAGGAUCCACUUCCUGAUCUUCUGCGUGGGACGGAUAGUUCACACCGUGGCAUACCUUCUGCGGCUGAAAGCUCCCACACGCUCCGUGGCCUACAGUGUGGCACAACUGCCCUGCUUCUCCAUGGCGCUGCAGAUUCUCUUUGCGGUCAUCACACACUGGUAACAUUAAAGAUAACCCGCCGCCGCUGGUGCUGCAACGUGGAUUGGAAAGACACGCCUUUGCUGCUUUCCCAAGAGAAGGACUCAUUCUGCUGUGGCUUCAGUGUCAGCAUCUCCCAUCUGGGCAGAGCUCAGAGCUCUGGUAAAUCUCCUCUGGGUGUGUGCAAGGCCCUAUUUCCAGGAGCAGGCUGCAGAGGUGGAAGGAUGUGCUCUUCGCAGCUGGAUGCUCGUACAUUAAGUACUCAGUAAUGCCACAGCAUUAGUACCACAGCAAUAGCAUUGUGGUAUCUUCCAAUCUUCUCGCUGGUGACCUGGGGGGAGGAUUCUUGAGGGGGAGAGGGAAUGACGCCAAGUUAAGAACACAACUAAACCAGGAAGUGGUGAAGAGUCUCUAAGUAGCCUGGCCCCAUCACUAUGGGGAGAGAAAAGCGGGAGACACUUGGUCCCCCUAACUCACUUUGAUGGGAGUGUGUACGGUGAAGAGAGAUGAUGUCCCAACUCCUCUCUUCUGCAAGAAUACCUGGUGAUGUAGC